AUGGCGGGGACGACCCGGCUGGAGGCCGGCGGCAGCGACGGCGAGUACACGCAGGACGGCACCACAGACCUCCACGGCAACCCCAUCCUCCGCUCAAAGCGAGGAGGCUGGAGAGCCUGCGCCUUCGUCGUAGUGUACGAGGUGUUCGAGCGGAUGGCCUACUACGGCAUCUCGUCCAACCUGGUGCUAUACCUGACGACGGAGCUGCACCAGGGCACGGUGCUCUCCGCCAACAACGUCACCAACUGGGUGGGCACAAUCUGGAUGACGCCCGUCAUCGGCGCCUACAUCGCCGACGCCCACCUCGGCCGCUACCGCACCUUCAUGGUCGCCUCCAUCAUAUACCUCCUCGGAAUGAUCCUGCUGACCAUGGCCGUGUCCCUGCCGUCGCUGAAGCCGGCGAAAUGCGGCCUCGGCACGGCGGACCCCAACUGCGACCACAAGGCCACGAGCGUGCAGCUGGGCGUCUUCUUCCUGGCCCUGUACAUCCUCGCCGUCGGCACGGGCGGCACCAAGCCCAACAUCUCCACCAUCGGCGCCGACCAGUUCGACGAGCACGAGCCGCGGGAGCGCAAGCAGAAGCUCUCCUUCUUCAACUGCGCCGGGACGCCCUUCUACCGCCACAAGCCGACAUCCGAGAGCUCCUUCGCCAAGAUGGCCGGCGUCAUCGUGGCUGCCGUCCGCAAGUGCCGCGUCCCCGCGCCCGUGGACCCGCGCGGCCUGCACGAGCACGAUCCCAACCAGUACGAGAAAAAGAAGACGUCGCCGCUGCCGCACACGCCUAAUUUCAGGGUGCUGAGCAAAGCGGCUGUGAAGAUCGAGGGGGGUAGGAGCGCGUCACGGUGGUCGUUGAGCACGGUGACCCAGGUGGAGGAGACGAAGCAGAUGCUCAAGAUGCUGCCGGUGCUACUCAUCACGUUCGUCCCGAGCGCGAUGCUGGCGCAGAUCAACACGCUGUUCGUGAAGCAGGGCACGACGCUGGAGCGGCGCCUUCACCACUUCGAGAUCCCGCCGGCCAGCCUGCAGGGGUUCGUGACCAUCUCCAUGCUCGUCUCCGUGGUGCUCUACGACUGCCUCUUCGUGCCCUUCAUGCGGCGGCUGACCAAGAACCCGCGCGGCAUCUCGCUGCUCCAGCGCAUGGGCGUGGGGCUCGUCUUCCACAUCGUGAUCAUGGUGAUCGCGUCGGUGACGGAGCGGCACCGGCUGCGCGUGGCGAUGGAGAACGGCAUAUUCGAGAGCAAGGGCACGACGGUCCCGCUCUCCAUCUUCGUGCUGCUCCCGCAGUUCGUGCUCAUGGGCGUGGCCGACGCCUUCCUGGAGGUGGCCAAGAUCGAGUUCUUCUACGACCAGGCGCCCGAGGGCAUGAAGAGCCUCGGCACCUCCUACUCCAUGACCAGCCUCGGCAUCGGCAACUUCCUCAGCAGCUUCCUGCUGUCGACGGUAUCGCGCGUCACGCGCCGGCACGGGCAGGGAGGGUGGAUCCAGAACAACCUCAACGCCUCCCGGCUGGACCACUACUACGCCUUCUUCGCGGUCCUCAACUGCGCCAACCUCUUUGUCUUCUUCGCCGUGUGCCGGAUGUACGUGUACAACGCCGAGGUCACCCACGUCGUUGAUGGUGGCGGCGGGGAGAAACAGAGGCCGGAAGUGGCGAUGCAGCAACCUGCUACAGUAGUCAUCGGGAAUUAUGAUGCAUUCCUUGACAAGAGCCUUCUUGUCUCCUCUAAUGUUCAGUCCAGCGAAGGAACCAAGAGGAAGCCCAUGGACCAGAAGGCGAGGACACCAAGCGCGAGGAACAAGAAGAAGGGCUACGGAAGAAGCUCCAGCCACCGGACGACCGGCAGGGAUCAGACGUCCGACGCCUGA